ACCUUCACGGCAUGGUGCAACUCGCAUCUGCGCAAGGCUGGCACUCAGAUCGAGGACAUCGAGCAGGACUUCCGCAACGGCCUCAAGCUGAUGCUGCUGCUGGAGAUACUGUCCGGUAACGAGCUGCCGAAGCCAGACCGCGGCCGCAUGAGGUUCCAUAAGAUCGCCAACGUCAACAAGGCGCUGGACUUCAUCGCCAGCAAGGGCGUCAAGCUUGUCUCCAUCGGUGCUGAAGAAAUUGUCGAUGGCAACGCGAAGAUGACCCUGGGUCUCAUCUGGACCAUCAUCCUGCGUUUCGCCAUCCAGGACAUCAGCAUGGAGGAGCUGACGGCCAAGGAGGGUCUGCUGCUGUGGUGUCAGAGGAAGACUGCACCUUACAAGAACUGCAACGUACAGAACUUCCAUCUUAGCUUUAAGGACGGUCUAGCGUUCUGUGGCCUCAUUCACCGUCAUCGGCCAGAGUUGCUCGACUACCACAAGCUGCGGAAGGACAACCCGUUGGAGAACUUGAACUUGGCAUUCGAUAUCGCUGAGAAACAUCUAGACAUCCCGCGCAUGUUGGAUGCCGAAGGCAUUGAAGAAGAAACACGAAGCGUUCGAGAGCGACCUGGCAGGGCACCAGGAGAGAGUGGAGCAGCUAGCAGCCAUUGCUCACGAGCUUAAUACCCUGGGCUACCACGACUCGCCCGCCAUCAACAGCAGGUGCCAGCGUAUCUGCGACGGAUGGGAUUCAUUAGGGAACCUGACAUCAAAGCGCAGGCAGGCGCUAGAGGAAGCUGAGAAACUCAUGGAGAGAAUCGAUCAGCUGCACAUGGAGUUUGCGAAGCGUUCGGCUCCCUUCAACAAUUGGAUGGACGGCGCAAGGGAAGACCUGCAGGAUAUGUUCAUCGUUCACACCGUAGAUGAAAUACAGGGCUUAUUGGAUGCUCACGAACAGUUUAAGCAGACGCUAGGAGAGGCAGACAAGGAGUUUAACAGCAUCAUGAGCCUCGACAGCGAGAUCCGUCGCUUCGCCCAGCAGUACAACCUGCCUGGUGUCGUCGAUAACCCCUACUCACACUAUACAGGACAGCAACUCGCAAACCUCUGGAACCAGAUUAAGCAGCUGGUGCCUCAGCGUGAUGGAAUUCUCAGCCAAGAGAUGCAGAGGCAACAGGCCAAUGAGCGCCUCCGUCGCCACUUCGCUGAGAAGGCAAACUCUGUCGGACCGUGGAUCGAGAGGCAGUUAGAUACGAUCGCUAACUUCGGCAUCCAGACGACAGGACCGCUAGAGGAACAGAUGAAGAAGCUGAAGGCCUUCGAAACGCAGAUCUACCAAUACCAACAGCACAUGGAAGAACUGGAGAAGAUCAACCAGUCGGUACAGGAGGCGAUGAUAUUCGAGAACAGAUACACACAGUACACGAUGGAGACAAUCCGCGUCGGAUGGGAACAACUUCUCACAAACCUCGCCAGGAGCAUCAACGAAAUUGAAAACCAGAUUCUGCUGAGGGACGCUAAGGGCGUGUCCGACAAACAGAUGAAGGAAUAUCGCAUCUCCUUCAACCACUUCGACAAGGGCCGCACACGCCGCCUGGAGACGAAGGAGUUCAAGGCGUGCCUCGUCAGUCUGGGAUACAACAUCCGCGACGACCCACAGGGAGAAGCUGACUUUAUGAGAAUCAUGACCUCGGUCGAUCCGAACCACACGGGCUACGUGACGUACGACUCCUUCCUGGACUUCAUGACCCGCGAGGCGACCGACACCGACACCGCUGAUCAAGUCAUCUCCUCUUUCCAAAUACUCGCAGGCAACCAGCCUUACAUCACGGCGGAGACGCUUCGCUGCGAGCUGCCACCGGACCAGGCUGAGUACUGCAUCCAGCGCAUGCCGCAGUACAGGGGAGCAGGCGGAGGACCCGGAGCGCUCGACUACACGUCCUUCUCCAUGUCGCUGUACGGCCAGAGCGACUUGUAGACUCACCAGUCACGCCCCCGGGCGGCGCCGAGCUUGACCUCGGACCUCUGACCCCCGCCGGCGCGACCUUGAUAGUGUGACGAUGAUGAUGUGGGCGGGGUCGGGGGUCGGGGGUGGCGUUGCGGAAAGAGCGGAGUAGAAUGUGAUGGGUAACGCUCUCUGCUAUGCUUAACGCGACGUCGUCGUUGUCAUCGUCGUCGUCGUCGUCAUCGUCAUCGUCAUCGUCGCCGUCGUCAUCGUUGUCGAUGUUGUCACCGCCGCCGCCGCCAUCAUCGUCGUUGUCAUCGUUGUCGUCGUUGUACAUUAAAAGUGCAAACGGUGUUUUCUCUUGCUUGUCAUUUAUGUCAUUUAUGGAGCUUAUUGAAUUAAUCGCCCGAGAAAAUAUUUGAAGGAACGAUUUUCGUUUUUGUUUUUCUGAAAUAGCGUGACGGUUCCUCACCCACCGCGUUCGAUUCGAUGAUGAUAAGUCGUUUGUUGCACGUUAGAUGGCGCUAGUGAGGUUCGCAGCCGAUUUAUGAGCCAUCAGAGAAGCAUACGUCAUUCUAGAUGAACCUACUGGCCUCUUAUCAUUUAUCAUGUAUCGUCUCGUGAUGAACAUUUAAGGAGAAGCAAACCCUAGUAGAGUGAGCGAGAAGGUGCUGGCGAGAGAGUAAGCAGGCAGCUAAGAGCUCAUGAUAUCAAGGUUUCUCCAAAUUUUCACGUUUACUUUCUCGUCUUUACCUUGUUGCUUGUCAGGUUAUUGUUUCUUCGAUGUUCAAACAUUUGUCAUGAUCGUUUUCGACUAUGGUUGGAGAAACUACGCGAAUAUUACCACAGAUGGCGAAUAGGACAUCACACACGCGAUGAUUUUAAACAUGAAACGCGCCAUUUGAACAUUGAUUUUCUUCAGAAACGCAAGCAUCGACGUAGCGUGCGACGUGAAUGCAUCUACUUUUUGUUUGCCAGAUAUCAGACUGUUAUUUUUGGUUUUAAAACCCAACGCCAUUGCACAAUUUUGGUCCAGUAUGUUCUGAUACAAUCCGACCUGUUACGAACGAAAAGAAGCAUGUCACUCAAACAACUGUUAAAAACUUUUUCUGUUAAAUUAUUUGUAAAAUACUUGUCUUACAGCGCUCGUGUUUUGUGUUACUUGUUGAGUUUUUUAGUUUCUCAUGGCUCUGCUUACUAGUACAGUGUAGUGCUUGCCUCGCGCCCCCAACUAAAGAUGGCCGUCAUACCCUGAUCCGUCCCGCGUUUCUCAUGGCUGUCACAUUACAAUAGGAGGCGCGGCGCCGAUCAGGAUACGGGAGCUGGCCGCGGAUGGCACCUUGCCAAAACUUUGCAGUGCAGCUAACAGCAACCACUGCAUCUUUAUUUCGUAGCCCUAGUUAUUUUUAAUUUUUGGGGGAGAUUUAUCUAGUCAUGGUCCGUAGGUAGGCCCAGACGAUUUUUGAAUUGAUGGAUUGGUUGAAGAGAGUCAUAAAUGUCACCACAUGAUAACUAUUUAUCGCCUCUAGACUAGGAUAUGUUAAUCGUAACCUGUAUAAUAAGGGGAUAUAAACGCGUAACGAUCUGUGACAACCUUGCGACCGUCCGUCCCCCCUUCAUCCUGCAACUGAACUGCGGUUAUCCGUGGCUGCGAAUAUCUAGCUUCUUACUGAACCGUUGUCUUGCCGGGGAGGCCAAGAUGGCGGCGGUGUAAAGCAGGUAGUCGUCUGCGGUCUUAACCUGACAGCAGCAGCAGCAGCAGCGGCGGCAGCAGCAGCAGCAGCAUCAGCAGCAACAGCAGCAGGAACAGCAGCCGCAGCACCAGUAACAGCAGCAGCAGCAGCAGACGAACAUUAAAGGCUGCAGUCGAUAGCUUUCUGUUUUUAUAAGCGAUUUUUGCUCGAGUUUAGGAUUGUAAGGCUUUACAAACGCGUACCGUAGAUCUUUGGUGGAAACAUGAUGAAAAAAUGCGGGAAACGUGAUGUAUGGAAUGCAGGUUUCCAGUUCACAGAAAUUCGUAAUGCCAAAUAAAAAAAAUAUCACCUUAUUUCUCCUUGCUA